AUGCUGAUAUUAACAGCAAUAAUUGUAAUUGUACUACCAUUGGUACUAUAUGCUGUGAUUAAAUGGAAAUACACUUACUGGAAGAGAAAAGGUCUGAAUUACAUAGAACCAGAAAUUCCUUAUGGCAACUCUAGACUUUUAUUCAAACGCCAAAUACCGAUUGGAGAUCUGUUUGAAAAUUUUUAUAAACACUUUAAAGUUAGAGGACAAAAACAUGGUGGUGUUUAUUUGGCUCACAUGCCGACUUACAUACCGAUAGAUAUUCAGAUAGUGAAAAAUAUUUUACAGAAGGAUUUCAGUUCUUUUAUCAAUCGAGGGAUAUUUAAUGAUGACGAACUUGAUCCACUGGGGGCACAUUUGUUUAAUUUGGAAGGCGAAAAAUGGAAAAAACUGAGGGUUAAGUUAACUCCAACAUUUACAUCAGGUAAAAUGAAGAUGAUGUUCUCCACCAUGGUCGCUUGUACCGAAGGUUUAAAAGAUAUUCUCCAAGACCACGCCAAAUUUCAAAGCACUGUAGAUAUAAAAGACGUUCUUGGAAGAUUCACAACAGACAUUAUAGGCUCUGUUGCGUUUGGCAUCGACUGCAACAGCCUAAAAAACCCAGAUUCGGAUUUCAGAAAGUACGGUAAAAAGAUAUUUGAAUUGCCUAAUAGAGGUUACAAAAGGUUAUUGGAAAUAUUCGUAUCCAGAAAGAAUCUCUCGAAAUUAGGUAUCAAACAAAAGAAUACACCUCAAGAUCUGGAAGAUUUUUUUAUGAAUGUAGUAAAAAGUACUGUUAAUUAUAGAGAAACAAAUAAUAUUUAUCGUAAAGAUAUUUUACAUUUAUUACUGCAGCUUAAAAAUAGAGGAGAAGUUACUGACGACGAAAAUAUUUUCGUUGAUAAUGAAAAUAAAAAGAAAGAAAAUUUUCUUACAAUUAAUGAAAUCGUUGCUCAGUGUUUCGUAUUUUUUUUGGCUGGAUUCGAAACAUCUGCAACAACAAUGACAUUCGCUCUUUUGGAACUGGCAUUGAACGAAGAUAUCCAGGAGAAAUUAAGAGAAGAAAUUGUGACGGUCUUGAAGAAGCAUAAUGAUGAAGUGACAUAUGAUGCUGUUAUGGAAAUGCAUUAUCUAGAUAAAGUUAUUCAUGAAACUCUUCGUAAACACCCUGCUGUACCAAUUACACCAAGAAAAUGCAACAAAGAUUGCAAAAUCCCUGGAACUGAUUUUACAAUUGAAGCUGGAACCUUUAUCAUCAUUUCAAUCCAAGGAAUUCACCACGAUCCAGAGUAUUACCCAGAACCGGAUAAAUUUGAUCCAGAACGUUUCAGCGAAGAAAAUAAGGCAAAAAGACCCCCAAUGACGUUUUUAGCUUUUGGAGACGGGCCAAGGAUCUGUAUAGGUUCAAGAUUUGGAUUGCUACAAACGAAGGUGGGUUUGGUAGCUGCUCUCAAAGAUUUUAAAGUAACUGUCAAUGAAAAGACAAAAUUACCAAUUGUGCACGCUCCUGGUGCAAGUAUUACAGCAGUCAAAGGGGAUGUAUGGCUCAAUGUUUCUAGAAGA